AACGGCGUGAUUUGUUCCGCGAUUCGAUGCAUUCCUGUUUUCCAAAAUCCUUUUCGUUUUCAUCCAUUAUUUAAUGUUUUGUGCGAACUUGCUUCACUUGAGUUGCAUUUGUGCCAAUAGUCUGUCACUCUGGAUUUUUUUAAUUUUUUAAAGUUCAAGACUUCGGUGGACUCUGAUCUGAGCUUUGUUGUUCAAUUCUUGGAGAUAUGUACAUACACAUUUGCAUACACACUUGUGCAUGGUGUCGUCGUGAUGAUGAGGAGACGGCAUGUCGACCAACUCUCAAUUUCUCCGUGUGAAGUGAACUCGUCUUCUUCUCAACCACUUUCAUGCCGUGGACCAUUUGUCUCAUUUUGUUCUUCAACAAGUGCUCUCAAAUACAUUAUUCAUCUCUUCUUGCACCACAACCUCGUGCCUCGUGUCACUCAAUAUAUCUCCUAUUUGGAUAUUCAUAGCGGACAAAGUUAUUGGAGGAGAAAAUUACUUGCAGUUUGGACACGACAAUAAACUUUGCUGUGCAGUAUAAUAUUUAGACACAUAGAUUAAGACUUAUUGAGCCAGGAGAAGGAGAAAGCAGAUUGGUGUAUUCAAACUUAACACCUAGUGAAAGGACACAGUGGAGUUCAAUAGUUGCAAUUUCAACACUUGCAACUACUUAAUUCACGAUGAAAGGGAAAAGAAGAGGAAAAGGUGUAAUUUCUGAAAAUGUCCCAGAGCUUCAAGUUUUAAACAAUUUAGAUGUCAAGAAAAAGGACCAAUCUGAUACUGUGGAAUUGAAAAAGGAGUUGGGCCUAAUAGAUGGUUGCGCUAUCAUACUCGGUGUGAUAAUCGGUGCGGGUAUCUUUGUGUCGCCAAAGGGGGUCUUGCUCUAUUCCGGUUCUCCUGGUUUGGCGUUGAUAGUAUGGGUACUAUCCGGUUUCUUGUGUUUGGUGGGCGCCCUAUGUUACGCGGAACUAGGGACCAUGUUGCCGAAAAGCGGUGGGGAAUAUGCAUACAUUUUCGAAUCAUUUGGAGAGCUACCAGCAUUUCUCUUCAUGUGGGUGGCUUUAAUUGUUAUCGUUCCAUCAGGAAAUGCAAUCCUUUCACUCACGUUUUCAUAUUACUUGCUUCAACCAUUUUGGCCGGAUUGCCAACCACCCGAUUUGGCUGUUAGGCUGAUUAGUGCUGCCGUUAUUGGUUUACUGACAGCCAUCAAUUGCUACAAUGUAAAAUGGGGAGCAAACUUGCAGACAGUAUUUACUGCAACGAAGAUUAUAGCUUUGAUUGUCAUAAUUAUUGCUGGCCUUGUGGUUAUGUGCGUCGGAGAAGUAAACAAUCUCGCAGACCCGUUUGCAGUAACUCGGAAGGACACCGGGGUUGAGGAUCAAAAUGGAAGACUUGGUAAUAUUGCAUUAGCGUUUUACUCUGGACUUUUUUCCUUUGCUGGGUGGAACUACUUAAACUUUGUGACAGAGGAGCUGAAGGAUCCAUUCAGAAAUCUUCCACGAGCCAUUUGGAUAAGUUUACCUUUAGUUACGUUGGUUUACACUCUGGCGAACGUUGCUUACUUUGUGGUAUUGACAACCCAAGAAAUCCUUGAUUCAAAUGCGGUGGCUGUGAGCUUUGGAGAUCGAAUACUUGGACCGAUGGCUUGGAUUAUUCCGGUGUUUGUUGCGUGUUCCACUUUUGGAUCAUUAAAUGGAUCAAUCUUUGCAGCUUCCAGAUUGGUAUUCGUGGGAGCGAGAGAAGGACAUCUUCCCAAAGCUUUAGCCUUAAUUAACAUUGAAACUUUCACCCCAAUUCCUGCUUUAGUGUUUCUGGGCUUUUUGUCUAUAGCAAUGUUAAUGAUUAAGGAUGUUUAUAUUUUGAUAAAUUACGUGUCUUUCGUUGAAGCACUGGCAAUGGGGGUCACUGUCUGUGGCCUUUUGUGGCUCCGGUACAAGAAUCCUACUGCUCAUAGACCAAUUCGAAUGCCGAUAUAUUUGCCAAUUAUUUUCUUGAUCAUUUGCAUAUUUUUGAUCUUUGUUCCAAUUUGCACAAGUCCAGCUUCUGAAAUUGGUGUUGCAGUCAUCAUUGUCCUCUCAGGAAUUCCCGUAUUCCUUGUUUUUGUAUACUGGAAAAAUAAGCCCAAGUUCUUACAACAGUUUGCAGUCCAUUUGGAUAAAACAAGUGCCUUGUUAUUCAAAGGAGUACAAGAGGAAUCUUCCAAAUCGUAAUCUAAACUAUUGUCUAAAACUGGAAUUAUGUUUUUUUAUAAUCUUGUACAUGGUAAUAAAAAAUAUUGAUGAUAAUGUUUUUAUUCUGUAA